AGCUCCAGCCCUGCACGACCCAGCACCUGUGCUGCGAGCUCCGGAAGUACAGGGGCCGCAGGAAGUGGAUCCACCGGCGGCCUCGCCGCUCGGCCAGGGCGCACCGUGCGAAGCUGUGCGGGUACUGGCGCAAGGUCUCGGCCGACCAGGUGCCGUCGCCGAAGGCGGGGAGCUCCGACUCCGGGGACGACGAGCCGGGCGAGCCCCCGGCGCCCCGCGGGGGCUCCGGCCCGGCGCGGCCGAGGCGGCCCUCCGCCGGGCGCGCGGGCGCGUCCCCAGUGGACGCUGCCGCGGCGCACCUCUGCGGGCCCCGCAGCAAGGGACUGCAGAGGUGUGCCGGGGCCGCGGCCACUGGGGAUUCUUCAGAGGGCGCGGCGGAGGGCGAGCGUGCCAGUGGCGCGCAGCUGGUUUCUGCGAAGGGGCGGCCCCCCGCGAGGCGCCCCACGAGCGAGGAGGGCUUGUAUCCAGACCUGUGCGACCUCAAGUGCUGCGUGUGCGGGGGCAUCGAUGCCAGCGACGACAACGACUUGGCAAUGUGCGAGAUGUGCGGUAAGGGGUACCAUGCGAGGUGCCACCGCCCGCCAGAGGUACGCUUUGGGCGCCUGAGCGACCAGUGGUUUUGUGGCGCCUGCAGAGAGGGCAUCGCCUCGAAACGCGGUCUUCGCCUGAGGGUAAACGACUACGCGUGGGCCAAUCUCCGUGCAGCUGCGAGCGGCACGCCAUGGCCUGCAAAGGUCCUCAAGCUCGACUUCUCCACGCCGGAGGAUCCACGUCCCUACUGGGUGCAGUUCUUCGGGUCUCCUGGCCGCCGCAAGCUCACGAGCGUCUGGGUCGGCGACCAGUGCUCGAAGCCGUGGUCGGAGGGCCCCGACUGGCACAGCAUCACGGACCCCAGCCAGAAGCGUGCCGCGCGCAUCGCCGUGGCAGAUGGCGCGGCGCCCAUGAGCCAGCAGACGUGCCGAUCCCAGAGCCACCCGCCGAGCACUGCACGGGCAGGCGCUGGGCGCAGCGACGCGGCGGAUCCUGGGACUCCGGCGACGCCCUGCCGCCGCGGCGUGCACACUCCGAGGCGGGGCGCCCCGCGCAGGCGCGACCUCCUGGACAGCGCGGAGCGCGCCCCCAAGCGCGCUCGCCUGGGAGUGCUGGCGGCCUCUGGCGCAGCGGCCAAGGCGACCGCCUCGUCGGCCCACCAGGACGCCGAGCACGGCGUGCUUCGGAGGGUGAUCGAUGAGGCCCGUGCGCGCCAGGCCCAGGUGGAGCGGCAGAUCCGCGCGGAGCUGGUGCGCUCGAGCCGUGGCGGCCAGAGCGGCCUGCGAGGGCCCGAGAUUGGGCGUGCUGCUCCGGGGCCCUCGCCGCCAGAGGAGGACGAGGAGACGAAGAGGUACAGCGCGCGGUUCGGCGAGGAGGCCUACAAGGCGGCCGGCAGCCCCCUGUUCACGAGGCUCUUCACGUACGAGGAGCUGCUCAGCUCGGAGAGCCCUCCGGGCCGGCACGCCAAGAGGAGGCCCCGGGCGCACGCGGACUUCAGGCGGCCCGACAGCUGGCCACCCGACGUGGAGGUGGACAGGGGCAACUGGGUCUUCUGGCUGCCGGAGGGGUGGGCGCAGGGGGUCAGGAAGCAGGCCGAGUCUGGCAAGACGCUCAAGUGCUACCUCGCCCCGGAGGGGAGGAGGUUCUGGCACAAGUCCGCCGUCGAGAGGUACCUCGGGAGGCAGCUGCCCAAGAGCGAGCUCAGGCCGACCGGGCGGGACGAGGAGGGCAGGGCGAUCCGGGCCGUGCGGUACGUGACAGAUCCCGACGCCGUCCCGAACUGGCCCGAGGACCAGGAGGAGUGGCUGCCCAGAGACUUCAAGAUCGGUUAUCGCCAGCUGCCCAGCAGCCUGCACCGUAUCUACGUCCCUCCAGGCAAGGAUGACGAAGGGUUCCUGUACCACCGCUCCACGGUCAUGGCCUGGCUGGCGGGCGGCAGUCCUACCCUGAGCCCCUUUCGCACGUCCAGGCCGAUGGCCGCCGUCCCCGCGCCGGCGGCGACGAGGAGGACCAGCAGAAAGAGAACGGUGGAGCACCAGGAUCGGUAG